AUGGGAAACAGUGAAGAGGAGAAGCCUUCUAAGCCCGAGAAAUCAUCCCUGCCUGCAAUGGACCAGCAUAAUAUACAUGCAUUCCCUGAUUGGGCGAAGAUGCAGGCUUACUAUGGUCCUCGACUUCCUGUACCACCAUUUCUAAACUCGGCCGUUACUCCUGGUCAUGUGCCUUCCUCCUAUAUGUGGGGACCACCACAGGCUAUGAUGCCACCUUAUGGGCCUCCAUACACGGCAUUCUACGCACAUGGCGGCAUUUAUGCACAUCCUGGAGUUCCUCUAUGUGGUACUCCUUUGAGCGUGGACGCACAGGCCAAGUCAUCUGAGAAUACUGAUGGAAGUAUGGUGAAGAAGUUGAAAGAAUUUAAUGGGCUUGCAAUGUCAAUAGGUAAUAGCAAUGACAACUCUGACGGUGCUGAAGGUGGAUCUAACCCUAUAUUUUCAAAAAGCGGGGAAACUGAGGAUUCUAGUGAUGGAAGUAAUGGGAUUACUGCAGGGGUUGGUCAGAAAGGAAAGAAAAGAAGUCGGGAGGGAACUCCUAACAAUGCUGUAAAGGGCAAUGCUCAUUCACGUAACAGUACAAUGGAUAUGGUCAUGCCUGAAAAGGCUACAGAAAACGUCUCCACAGCACUAGAACUCAAAGAUCUUUCCAACACAAAUGUGAAGUCUGUUGCAGCUAAAUUGCCACAACCACUCAAGACAAAUGAAGCCUGGUUGCAUAAUGAGCGGGAUCUGAAGCGAGAGCGAAGGAAACAGUCUAAUCGAGAAUCUGCUAGAAGAUCAAGGUUGAGGAAACAGGCUGAGGCUGGGGAACUAGCUAUAAAGGUUGAAGCGCUAACUAAUGAGAAAUUUAUGCUCAAAUCCGAGAUUACUAAAUUAAUGGAAAACUCAGAUAAACUGAAGAUCGAGAACGCUACGUUAAUGGAGAAACUAAAAGAUGGACAACUAGGCCAAACAGAGAUAAGUCUACAUAAAAUUGAUGAUCCGAGGCUGAAACCAAUUGGCACGGCAAAUUUACUCGCAAGAGUUAAUAACGCCGACGGGAAGAAUGAAGACGAUUCGUACGAGAGUAGAAGCUCGGGAACAAAGCUUCGUCAGCUUCUUGAUACUAGCCCGAGGACUGAUGCUGUGGCUGCCAGCUGA